AUGUAUUUCAAUAUAACUUCCCCUCCCGGGUUUGCCAUCCCUCGCGACAAACUCCGAGUUGUUGCGACUGAUAUUGAGGGUUGUCGUUUUGUUUUCAAGCUUGAGCAAUACCAACAGCACCGAGAGUUGCCAAACAUGGAGUGCAUUCCGUUUGAUUAUAUCCCCCGGGAGAUGGUAUACAAAGCCGAAGAGUCAUCUCCCGAUAGCCACACCGGUACCUGGGUCAGUGAUGGCCGAGACUUCCCGUCAAGCCCUUGGUAUGACAGCAAUGAUUACAUGCUCGACAGCUCGCCGCGGAAUUAUUAUGGCGGAGUAAGUAAUCUGCCCCUGCAGCGCCUCAGCCGCAUCAACGGCGGCGGCCAUCGUUACUCACAGCCCUAUCCGGAGCAGGACUCGCCUCUGUCCUGCCUCUUCAAGCCCUACUUCAGCGAUGUCGCUUUGCUGCCCGGCAAUGACACCAGCGACGGCAGCGACAUCUCAGCGCUUCAGCAGUGUCCCGACCUGGGCUUCCCGACCGAGUUUGCCCCCGCUGGCCACGACGUCAGCCCUCCCGACAAACUCGCCGCCUCAGCUGCAGGCGCCCGCGCAAUCGGCGACCACCAGGAUAUUACGCCACCACCUCCAGCAGCAGGACCAGCAGCAGCGGCGGCAACAGAAGCGGCAGCAGCAGCACCCGCGCCCGGCCUGACAAACAACCCGUCGGCGAUGGACGCGAGCUACAACGGUUUCGCCAUCGACGGCCUCCCGCGAGUGCUGCCAGACCUCGACCCGGAUUUAUUCCAGGUGCAGACGUCGUGCUUCGCUGCUCCGUACACCGCCGCGCCGGCCAAUCAGUACGCCCUUGAGACGCCGCCAGGCUACCCCGUCGCCGACGGCAGGGACAGCGCCGCGGCCUCGCUGCACUCGCCGUUCCCUCUUGCUGAGCUGCCGCCGCUGCUGGGCUCCCAAGCAGCGCGCGAUUGCUCUUCCUCAAUCGCGUGGCGCGACGUGAUAAUGCAGCAGCAGCAGCAGCAGCAGCAGGCGAGGGGCCCCAUGCUGCCGAACCUCAGAGACCUUGCCCCUCCGAGCCAGCCAGCCUGGUCGUCCUCGCCCUGGCAGAUCUACUACGCCGACAGCUCCAGCGAGUCCGGCGGCGACGACAACGCCUUUGGCGAGCGGAUGGACCUCGACGACAUACCGUCGCCCCCGCAGCAGAGAGCACACCCGGCGGUGCCCGUCGAGCCCCAGCCUCGCAAGCCGCUGCCGGAGGGACGAGCCGAUCGCCUCUACACGCCCGUCGUCCCGAUCCUGCCCUCCAACGACAAAGGCCGGGCUCCUCCUCCCCCCGCUGACAAGAUCGCCGGCAACCGCCGCCGGCCUCUUCCCAACAAGUCUCGCUCGUCCACUUUGGACAAGAAGAGCGCCCUGCCGGGCGCAAACGGCGGCGGCGGUGGCGGCGGCGACUCGGACUCCGACGCCCCCCUGCAGAACAAGUCCCUCCUCCGGCGCAGGAGGAAGCCCGCCGUCCCCGCCCCACCGCCCCCGUCUUCCUCAGACGCGAACAAGUCGUCGUCGUCGUCGUCGUCGUCGUCGGCAAAAAAGCCACACAGCUACGCCGACGACGACGGCGCCAUCGAGCCGGUGGACCUCAGCAGCGGCUCGAAGCGCGAGCGCGACGCGUUCCUCCUGCGCUGCCGCGGGGCGGGCAUGUCGUACCGCGAGAUCAAGGCGGCCGGCAACUUCGCCGAGGCCGAGUCGACGCUGCGCGGGCGGCACCGGAACCUGACGACGGCCGUCAAGGACCGGGUCCGCAAGCCGGUCUGGCUGCCCGAGGAUCACCUCGCUGAGCUGCGCCGGGUCCGCCCGCAGGGCAUCCCACUCGGCCUCGCUCUUGACCAGCGCCGUGCCCGCCAGCACCGUCCCGUUGAGCGCGAGCAUGCCCACGUCACUGCCGUCCUGACCCCUCAACCGGGCGCCCUCGCUCCGCCGCGGACACAGCACGAACGUGUCCCGGGUCAUGCCGAGGUUGUAGCUGAUCUGCGCCUCCGCCGCCUCGCCAACAGGUAUCCUGCCCUCCUCGAGGUCCGCCUCCGCCCGCGCGCCCAGCUCCACGCCCAGCGCCCGGCAGGCCCGUUUGUAGAGCCGCAGAUACACCCCAUGUACCCCCUUGCCCUCCGCAUCCCGCACGCCAUCGUGCAGCCGCUCCGCAAACGUCCCGAAGGGGAGAAGCGUCCCCUCCCCAGCGCCGGGUAUCCUAUCCGCCAGGACGUCCCACCCGUGACUGUGACUGCCCGAGAGCCCGUCCCGCAUCCUCUCCACGGGCAGGAGCUGCACGUGCCGGUGCGGCUGGCUGGCGCCCGAGUGCUCGCCGCUGUUGAAGAAGGCGAACAGCUGCUUGCCGCCGCCCCCGGGCUGCCGGGCGUACGCCUCGAUGCACGCGUACGUGGCGGCCAGGUCGGCGGCCUCGAGCAGGCGGGUCUGCGGCUCGUGGGCGCGCGUCGCGAGGAUGAAGUGCUCCGGCACGACGGCGAACUUGUUCAGGACGAGGUUGUGCGACGGCGGGUCGAGAGGGCAGACGAGCAUCGGCGGGGACGGGUUGUCGAAGGGGUCAAAGGGUUUUGCGGCGGUGCCGGGCGAGGCCGCUGGUCGGGGCGGAGGUUUGGGCUUGUUGGCUAG